AUGACAAGUCAAAGCUACGAUCGGGCGAUUACAAUCUUCUCUCCGGAUGGACAUCUGUUCCAAGUCGAAUACGCCAAUGAGGCCGUCAAGAAGGGAUCUACUGCUGUUGGUGUCCGUGGAAAGAACUGCAUUGUGAUUGGCGUUGAGAAGAAGACCAUCCCGACACUUCAGGAUGAUCGUACCGUUCGCAAGAUUCACAUGAUUGAUGACCACAUCAUGUUGGCCUUUGCAGGUCUUUCCGCUGAUGCUCGUGUGUUGGUAGACCGAGCGCGGAUCGAAUGCCAAUCGUACAAGUUGACGCUCGAAGACCCGGUCACCGUUCAUUACAUUUCGCGAUACAUUGCUGAUACAAAACAGCGCUUCACUCAAUCACCAGGACGUCGGCCAUUCGGUAUCGCGAUGUUGGUGGGCGGAUUCGACUACGAUGGAACUCCUCGUCUCUUCAAGACAGAACCAAGUGGAGCCUACUAUGAAUAUUUUGCUAAUUCGACAGGCCGUGGCGAGAAAGCGGUUCGCGAAUUUCUCGAGGAACAAUACAAGGAUGAGAAUAUCCAAGAUGAGCAAGCCGUAUUGAAACUCGUCGUUAAGGCUCUUUCUCAGGUUGUCCCAUCUGGUGCCUCAAACAUUGAAAUCGCUGUGAUGAGCAAGACGGAAAAACCCGGGGAAAACACACAUCGAGUGUUGACCGUCGAGGAACUGGAGGCUUUGCUAAAGGUUGUGGACGCUGAACGUCAGGCUGCCGAAGCUGAAGAAGCGGCCAAGAAAGAAGCGGCUCGCGCAGCUGGAAAGCCU